CUCCAACAUUCACAAUGAAAAGAAUGCACAGUAAAGACUGCGAUACCUAAAACCACAGGUCAUCAUGACAGUUUGGACUCAGUUACAUUUUGUUAACUCAGGAACUUAAGUAAGGUCAUGGCUGAAGCCACAACAGAGUCAACAAGAAUAACCUUCUCACUCUGGGAUUACGUCCUCUUUGCUGGGAUGUUCCUGGCCUCUGUUGGGAUUGGGAUAUUUUUUGCAGUUCGCCACAGUGAGAGGAAGAAGGUGGAUGAGUUUUUCACAGGAGGGAGACAGAUGUCAGCCCUGCCUGUGGGACUGUCUCUUGCGGCCAGUUUCAUGUCAGCUGUUCAAGUGCUUGGAGUUCCUGUAGAGGCAUACAACUACGGAGCCAAGUUUGUGCAGAUGUGUCUGGGCCAAACGCUGAAUGCAGUGCUCACUGCCUAUCUCUUCCUGCCUGUCCUCUAUCGCUUGGGAUUAACCAGCACUUAUGAGUAUCUGGAGCUGCGAUUCAGCAAGGGCCUCCGAUUGUGCGGGACUUUACAGUUCUUGGUCGCUACGGUCCUGUACACGGGGGUUGUCAUUUAUGCCCCUGCACUGAUAUUAAACCAAGUUACUGACCUGAAUAUCUGGGUUUCCCUGCUAUCUACUGGAAUCAUCUGCACAUUCUACACAACUGUGGGUGGGCUGAAGGCUGUGGUCUGGACUGACAUCUUUCAAGUCAUCACCAUGAUGUCUGGCUUUGUUGCUGUCAUCAUCCGAGGCACCUAUUUAGUGGGAGGAGCUGGCAAAGUCCUGGAGAAUGCAUACAAUGGGUCCAGGAUCAAUUUCGGAGAUUUUGAUCCAGAUCCCAGGAGACGCUAUACAUUUUGGACGUUUAUUCUUGGUGGGACGGUGAUGUGGCUGUCGAUGUACGGAGUCAACCAGUCCCAAGUCCAGCGCUACAUCGCUUGCAAAACUGAGGUUCAAGCACGGCUUGCCAUCCUCAUCAACCAGCUCGGACUGUGGACCAUUGUGACUAGUGCAGCGGCUUGUGGAAUCAUCGCCUUCGCUUUGUACCAGGACUGUGACCCAGUAAGGGCAGGUCAUGUGACUGCACCUGACCAGCUGAUGCCUUACAUGGUGCUGGAUAUUUUUCGGAAAUACCCUGGAGUUCCAGGCUUGUUCCUUGCAGCAGCCUUCAGUGGAACAUUGAGCACUGUUUCCACAAGUAUUAAUGCAAUGGCAGCUGUCACUUUGGAGGACAUCCUCAAACCCAGGAUGAAAACAUUGUCUGAAAGAACGCUGGUCCUAAUAUCAAAGGGACUCUCCUUGUUGUACGGUUUGGCUUGCAUCACAUUUGCUGCUCUAGCCUCUCUCCUAGAAGGAGGCGUUUUGCAGGGUUCCUUCACUGUCAUGAGUGUCAUCAGUAAUCCCUUGCUGGGCGUAUUCAUCCUUGGAAUAUUUCUACCUGCUGCUAACACCACUGGUGUAUUUUCAGGCCUGGUAGCUGGAUUUGCAAUAUCCUUGUGGGUUUCUGUUGGGGGCAUUCUGUACCCACCCAGCCCUGAGAUCAUGGGGGUCCUGCCACUCAACACCAACAGCUGCAAUGCUUCCCACAAGUCCAACGCUACACUCAAUGGCAGUACGUGGAUCAUUGACAGAGGAGGAGAGAUUUCAGGGCCAAUGAAGAGGGCCACUGUUGUUCACCAGUUCUAUGCCUUGUCCUACCUUUAUUAUGGAAUCCUGGGAACAAUGGUAACCAUAAUUAUUGGAAUUGGAGUCAGUUAUUUAACAGGGCCGACAAAGAGAGAAGACAUCGCCAAAGGUCUCCUCUGGUGGGAUCUUUCCAAAGAGAAACAACCUUGUGAAGAGACUGAGGAACUACAAAUCAAAUAUGUAAACGUUUCCUCACCAACGCAGAAAAGAUUGGCAGCAGCAGUUCUUCCGAUCAAGGACAAGACAGGUAUCCAUAAGCAAGAAUCCCAGACCAAGGAAUGCUCCCAAAGGAAUUCUAUCACCAAUGAAAGCAGCUCCUCAGCCGAGGUUGAAAUGUACCUGUCUCCACUAUUGGAAACCUGUGUUUGAAUCAGAAGCCUUCAAACAAGAUGGCAAACUGGGAGAAGCCACCCAUGUUAUCUCUGAGCCUCCCACCCUUGUAGAUCUACCAGAUACAUCAGUACAACGGUACUAUUCCAACGAGCACUGAUUCACCAUCACUCUACUGCUCCAGUCCGAACACUCAGCUGCAUACCCCUCUGUACAGUAAGAAAGGCAUUCACUUGGGCUUCUCACUUUUCUAUUAAAGGGUAUCAUUUAUUUAGUGAUAUAUUAUUUAGUAACACGUGCAUAAUUGUUCUCCUCCAAGUCAGGGUCAUGGUGUUUGCGGCUUAUCUUGUGUCACUGUUUUGCUCUUUAGCAGACGUUUGGUUGCUCUCUACAGGGGCUGUGUUUGCAGACAUGUGCACUCAGCAGGCUAGGAGAAAUAAACAAACU